CCUCCGCAGGUGAACCGAGGCCGUUUCGGCCUUUCCGGGCCGGUGCAGCCCGAUUUUUCCCAGGACUCUUGAGCACCAGUGUCUCUUCUCCCCAGUUUGGGGGUGACCUCCCAGCCAUGACACCCCCCAGGAUCCAGACGUGGCUCAGCCCCUCGUGCCCCAAGCUGGACGUGUUCAUCCCCUUCCUGGGCAAGUACCACCGGCCGGUUUCGGUGCGCUGCUGCCAGACCUGCACCCCCAGGAGCUGGGAUGGAUUCUACCCCGAGGAGCUGGCGGCUCUGGGGUUCCGCGACGCCAGCCGCCUGACGGAGGCGGACACGCGGUUCCGGGGCUGGCUGGUCAGGAGGGUCUGUGGCUUCCUCGCCGCCUGGGAGUGGGAAAUUCCAGCAGAGAGCCCCGGGGAGCUCCUGGAGCGGAUCUGCAGCAGCACGAGGGUGCAGGAUGCUGCCUCCAGCCCGGAGCCUGGCCCCAGAGGGGAUGAGGGGUCCCAGCGGUGCUGCAAGGAGGAGAUCUGCCAGAUCCUGGGGGAAAUCCAGGCCCCACUGUCCCCCCUGCUGCUGAGGCUGUGCCACUGGCUGCUCCCCAAGCUCCUGACCCGCGUGUUCCUGGGCGUGCAGCUGCACCGGGGGCAGCUGGAGAUGGUGCUGCGAGCUGCCAGGACGCCCGAGGUGCCGCUGGUGUUCCUGUGCAGCCACCAGUCCCCGCUGGACGGGCCCCUGCUCUCCUUCCUCCUGCUGUCCCAGGGCGUGGGGCUGCCCAGGGUGGCCGUGAGCACCGGGACCAGCCCUCGCCUGAGGUCCCUGCUCCAACGCCUGGGAGGGAUUUUCCUGCCUUCAGGAAUGGCCCCAACAUGGAGUGAGCGAGAUGAGGGGCUCCCAGGGGCCGUGCUGGACGCGUACGUGCAGGAGGUGCUGCGGAGCCGCCAGCCGCUGGUGCUGUUCCUGGAGGAGCCGUCGGCGUUCCUGCGGCUGGCGGAGCCCGCGCGGCGCUGGCUGCUCCGCCUGCUGCGGGCGCUGCGCGCCGGGGCCGUGCCCGACGCCCUGCUGGUCCCGGUGGGAAUCGCCUACGACGUGGCCCCGGGCAGGCUGGAGCAGGCUGGAGCGCCCCCCGAGCCCCUGGGGCUGGGCUCGUGUCUGCGGGCAGCGUUCCGGGCCCUGUGCUGCCAGCGCCGUGGCUGUGCCCAGGUGGAUUUCUCUCAGCCCUUCUCCUUACGGGAAUUUCUGGACAACAACCUGGUGGGGCCCAUCCUCAGAGGGAGUCCCCCGGAGCAGCUGCUGCUUCCCACCAUCCUGGGCAGGCGCCCGCUGGACGUGGGGAGUGUGGGGAAUUCGGGUCCCACUCUGGGGACUGAAGAGGAGAUUCUGGUGACGGCGCUGGGGCUGCACGCGCUGAGCGAUUCCAGAGCCUGCUCUGCUGUCACGGCCGUGGGGAUCACCGCAGCCCUGCUGCUGCACAGGCACCAGGAGGUGGGAGAAGGGUUUGGGUUCCACGCUCUCUGCCCCCAGAGCAGCAUUCCCAGCGGGAAUCCCCUGUGUCCCCAGGUGGUGCUGCUGCCCCGGCUGAUGUGGGAUUUCUCGGAGCUGCUGGAGCAGCUGCUGCUGCGGGGCCGGGCCGUGGGCUUCUCGGGGCAGCUGCGGGCGCUGCUGGGGCACAGCCUGCACCUGCUGCAGCCCCUGCUGCAGCCCCCCCUGCGCCUGCUGCAGCCCCCCCAGGCCUCGGCCCGGGCGCGGCUGGGACGCCUGGCAGGGGGGGUCCGGCACCAGCUGGCCGGGGAGGCCGUGGGCGCCUGUGCCAUCCGUGCCCUGCUGCUGGAGGUGCUGCCCAUCCUGGGGCCGCCCUCCAGCCUCACCAGGAUCGUGCUGAGCCGGGACGAGCUGCUCCACAAGAUCCUGGAGCUGCUGCAGCUGCUGCCCCCCACCCUGCUGGGGCUCCAGCCCUGCCGGCCUCCCGACUGCCACAGCCUGGACAUCCUGGACAAGCUCAUCCUUGGGGGGCUGCUGGAGGAGGAGGAGGCAGAGGGCGAGCGCUGGGGCUGUGACGUGGCCCCGCGGCACCUCGGGCGGGGACAGUCCCUGGGCUUCUUCACGGAUGACAGCGACAGCGACGGCGAGCACGGCGUCCCCAAGCAGUGCUACAAGCUCCAAGAGCCCCAGGGCUUCCCCGGCUUCCUCCUCUUCCUCUGCCGCCUGCUGAGCCCCGUGCUGCUGACCUACGGCCGCGCCGUGGAGUUCCUGCAGAGACCCCCCUGGCCCCAGCCCGAGCAGGACUACGUGGAGGCACUGCUGGAAUUCCUGGCCGAGGAUGAGGAUGGGUACCCCGACAGGAGCCUGGCCCUGAGCUCCCUGCAGAGUUUCAAGGACAUGGGGGUGCUGGAGGAGCUGCAGACCCCCACGGGACCCGCCCUGCAGCUCUCCCAGCCCUUCCAGUCUGCUUCCAGCCGGGAGAGGCUGGCAGCCUUCAUCCAGCAGUUCACCCAGCUGUAGCCCCCAGACCCAUAAACAGGGCA